UGAAGAGGUCAUAGAAUAUGAAUGUGAUGUGAGGCCUGCUGACCUCUUUUCUAUGCAGAAACUGGAGGAUCUCAGUGUGAAAGUGAAAUCUUCUGCACUAGGGGAACUGCUAAAUAAGCCCCAGAUUACAUUGGAUGACUUGGACCUUGAUAAAAUAAAACUGCCAUACUGUCCCCAACUUAAUGAAAGGACUACAGACACUUGUUCAGUGCAGAUAUUAAAAGAACUCAAAUGUAAUACACCAGAGGAGCUAUCCCCUGAGACAGCAACUGAGCUGCUAAACUUGGGCACUGAAAAAUCAGGACAAUUACCAUUUCCUCACUUAAGUACAAUAAGCCAGGGCCCCCAGGACCCAAUGGUGAUAGAGGAUGUAAAAAAGGAAGAUGAACAGACUAUAUUAGUAGACUGGGAUCCUCAUACUGGAAAACUGUAUAUAUCUAGUUUGUCCAAUUUUGAAAGUGAUGCUUGUGAAGAAAUAUUUGAACAUGAAAAGUGUGAUGAUCCAGCAAAAGAGGGGCUUUUGUCCAGACUGUAUGAGAGGCAGGUAUCUGAUGAGCCCUCAGAGGACCAAGAAAUAUACCUCCAAAAAUUUAAGGAACAAUGGGGACUGCAUGUAAAAAUGGAAGACUGA